CAAAUAUCACUUUGAAACUGCGCUAACGAACUGCACGCUGAAACAAAUGCUAUACUCAAUUUUGCAGAAAGAUUCGUUUACUUACCAUAGUUUGAGUGCUUCAAAGGACGAUAACUGAAAAAUUCUUAUUAUGCGUGGCAAACAGAAUUGGAAUAGACAGAACGAUUCGUAAUAUAUUCGAAGUCAUCCAUCAUGUCUUAUCCAGAAAAGUGUCAUCCCCACUACUGCGCUUUUGACAGUCCUGCUUGUCCGGAGCAGUGUGAAAGCGGAUGCCAACGGAUAAAGCCUAAAUGCGUGUCGAUUACAGCCCAACAAGCGAUGAAUAUCCCGGAGCGCAAAAUUGGCAGAAAUAAGGCUGGAAUUCCUCUCGUAGGCUACAGUACGCGAGAACGUGUCUUCGGAAUUCCAUACGACCCGCGAAAAGAUGUCGACAUAGAAGUGCCGCAGAAAAUAAUUGAUACGUUUGUUAAAGAGAACUACGAUUCUUUGAAUGACGGAAUAUUGAAGAAGCACAUUGCUGAAACCUGUUGCGCCAAUGAAUGUAGAUGCGUCAUGGGAUCGAAAUGUGCAUGCAAGAAGAACAGAAACAACUGCAUGCGUCCCAGUGGGAAUAAAAAGUGUUUUAAUUAAUUUUGUUCUCUAAUACGAUAAAUGAAUAUGUACCAUAAAGUUUUAAUUUUUUUUUUUUUUGUGUGUGUGUGAAUUAUCAGACAUUUCUAAGUUUCAGACACAAUGUGUGAUUAAUUUUGCAUCGAAGUUCCUCAGCUUUGUAAUGUCAGUUAUGUAAUUUUUCUUAAAACCAAGUUAAUAAAAUGUAAUAUUAAAUGUAAUCAUAAGGUUUUGUAUCAUC